AUGGAGGCUCCCACACCUGAUGCCCCGCCCAAGGAGCAGCUCGAUGCCCCUCCAGAUGCCAACGCCCCGUCGCCUCAGAUUCCAAAAGGCGAAAUUCCGACUGAGCGCAAAGACUCGCCAAUCACUAAUGAUGGAACUACAGUCGCAGACGCGGGGUCCUCACUUCCAACUGACGACGUUGCUGCUCCCGCCCCCAAGCCUCAGGCCGCGACUGGUAUCGACAAGACCAAACCAGAGGACUUUGACGGGGAGGUGACCACAAACAACGAGCUGCCCUCGGCCGAAACCAUCAGGAAAAUCGACGACUACAUCGUUCUUGACCGAGAUGGCAAGUCCAAGACAUUCAAGAGCCUGUAUAGUGGGAAUAAUGUAGCGAGGCGAGUGCUGGUGGUGUUCAUCCGACAUUUCUUCUGUGGCAACUGCCAGGAAUACCUACGGACGCUCUCGGAUUCAAUUAGCCCCGAUGUCCUCCUCCAACUCCCCGUCAGCACCUUCAUUGUCGUCGUGGGCUGCGGCGACCCAGCUCUCAUCAACAUGUACAUCGAGGCGACCAAUUGUCCAUUCCCGCUGUACACCGACCCCACGCGCGCACUCUUUGAUGCGCUCGGCAUGACCAAGACAUUCGCGCUGGGCUCCAAGCCCGCGUACAUGAGGAAAAGCAUGUGGAGGAGCACGCUGGACAGCAUCGGCCAAGGACUCAAGGUACUUCCCAAGGGAUUGUCUCUCAAGUCCGGGGACCAGCGUCAGGUAGGCGGCGAGUUCCUCUUUGAGCCACUUGAUGUCGUCACGCCCAUCACGACGCCCAUGUAUGAGCGGCCUGCGGCGAUAGGGUCGACCCAAGGCGCGACCGGCGGCAGUAGAGACCGCGGGGAUGACGAACCUGUGGAGCGGAAGAGGAUUACUUGGUGCCAUCGGAUGAAGACGACGCGCGACCACACCGAGAUUCCCAAGCUCAUGGAGGUCCUGGGGCUGGAUGGGAACGGACUCCCGAUGAAAGAUCAGGAGACGUGGAUAACGGCCUUGCAGUCCGGCAGGGGUACAGGGCUGACCAUGGCCAGCAAGAUGAAUAAGCUGAGAGAGUCGAAUGAGACCAAGGAGGCAUAG